AUCGAAAUGAAUGAGUUGUUUAGCGAUUUCGUAAAAUAUUAAUUAUAAAGAUUCGUUUGUGACUUGCCGGAUAAUCAAUAACUUUAACUUGGCGAAAAUAUUUAUAUUAGCAAAAAGUGUCAUUUAGUGUUUGUGAGAGUGUUUGAAUAUGAAAAAUAUUAAAAAACGAAUAGGUAUAACAAUUUAUCUAAUGAAUUGAUGUGAUCUAAAGUAACAACAAUCAAAUAUUUUAGGGGCCAUUUACACAUGGCGUAAAGUCACGUAGACUCGGAAGUUGAUAAAAUGUGCACUGUGCGUACUUGAUUCUUAACAAAUUAUUGACAUUUGUAUUUUAUAAAUAAUUCGUGCUUCGCAAAUUCACAAUGGAUACAAAAAAUAUCCAAAAAAAUGCCAUGCAGAAAAGUGCUGAGUUUACUUUCACACCACCACCGGAGGCUCCUGUAUUCGAACCUACACCCGAAGAGUUUUCGGAUCCAUUGGGCUACAUUGCGAAAAUACGUCCCGUUGCAGAAAAGACUGGUAUAUGUAAAAUAAAGCCACCCGCGCGAUGGCAGCCUCCGUUUUCUUUGGAUGUAGACAAAUUAAAAUUUGUCCCUCGAAUACAGAAAGUAAACGAACUAGAAGCUAUUACGCGUCUGAAACUGUUGUUUUUAGAAAAGAUAUUAAAGUUUUGGGAUCUUCAAGGUUCUCCUUUGAAAAUACCUAUGAUUGAAAAUAAAACCUUGGAUUUAUAUUGUCUUAAGUUUUGGGUGGAUGAAGAGGGAGGUUUCGAGAGUUGUAAUAAUCCGAAAAAAUGGCGUAAGAUUGCUAUCGCAAUGGGUUAUAGUCAAAGCACAACCACACUAAAUUUUCUCAGAAGCAAUUAUGAGAAAAUAUUGCUCCCUUAUGAGAUAUUUGAAAAAAGUAAAGCUGAUAUACUGAAAACUGUUAAAAAGACUGAAGUCAAAAUUGAGAGUAAAGAUAAAGAUGGAAAACCCAAUUUUAAAGAAAUAGCCAUUGAAUCUAUCACAAACUUAAAGAAUGAAACCGAUGAUUAUGAUAAACCUCACCAUAGUUUUAUUAAGAAAGCCAAAACAGGUUCUGAUAUUAAACAAGAGGAUUGUAAUAAAAUUAAGAUUGUCAGUGAAGAAAUAAGACGAAACAGAGAAUUGAGGAGACUAGCUUGUUAUGGACCAGGACCAAAAAUGCCAGGACUCAAUGAUGAAGAAUUCGAUAUCACAAAAUCAAGAAAAAGGCCCAGAUAUGAUUUAGACCCUCUUGCUGUUUAUGUGUGCGCUAUUUGCCAGAAAGAUAACAGAGAUGACCUACUUUUAAUUUGUAAUGGUUGUUCUGAUACUUAUCAUACUUUCUGUCUGAAACCUCCUCUGCAGUCUGUACCUGAUGGUGAUUGGCGUUGUCCAUGUUGCAUAGCUGAGGAAGUUCACAAACCAGCUGAAGCAUUCGGAUUUGCUCAGGCUGAAAGAGAGUAUACUCUUCAACAGUUUGGAGAAAUGGCUGAUAAAUUUAAAUCUGAUUACUUUGGUAUGUCUGGGCACUUGGUUCCAACCAAUGUUGCUGAGAAAGAGUUCUGGAGGAUAAUAUCGUCAGUAGAAGAAGACGUAACAGUAGAGUAUGGUGCAGAUCUUCAUUCAAUGGAUCAUGGGUCAGGUUUUCCCACAAAAUCUUCAUUGAACUUGUAUCCAGGUGAUCAAGAGUAUGUUGACUCUGGAUGGAACUUAAACAACUUGCCAGUAUUGGAAGGUUCAGUACUCCGAUUUAUUAAUGCUGACAUUUCUGGAAUGACCGUUCCUUGGAUGUAUGUUGGAAUGUGUUUUUCUGCUUUUUGUUGGCAUAAUGAAGAUCACUGGAGUUAUUCUAUAAAUUACUUGCAUUGGGGUGAGGCUAAAACUUGGUAUGGAGUCCCAGGAAAUGGUGCUGAAUUACUUGAAAAUGCUAUGAAAGCUGCAGCUCCUGAUUUAUUCAAAUCACAGCCAGAUUUACUGCACCAGUUAGUAACAAUCAUGAACCCAAAUAUCCUUAUGGCAGCAGGAGUGCCAAUUUAUAGAACCGAUCAAAAUGCUGGAGAAUUUGUAGUUACAUUUCCUCGGGCAUAUCAUGCUGGUUUUAAUCAAGGAUAUAACUUUGCAGAAGCAGUUAAUUUUGCUCCUCCUGAUUGGCUUCAUAUUGGUCGUGAGUGUAUAACACAUUACAAAAAUUUGAAACGCUUCUGUGUUUUCUCUCAUGAUGAGCUGAUUUGUAAAAUGGCAUUAGAAGGCGACCGACUUGACCUAGAAACAGCUUUAGAAACACAAAAGGAACUAGUUCAUGCAACUGAAGAGGAGGGUCGUUUGAGAGCUGAAAUAGCAAAAAAAGGAUUGAAGAAUGUCUGUAGAACUGCAUUUGAACUAUUAGGAGAUGAUGAACGUCUCUGUGAAGUGUGCAAAACAACAUGUUUUUUGUCAUCUGUAGCUUGUACAGACUGUAAACAUAUGGUUUGCUUACAACAUGUAAAUGAGUUUUGUCAGUGCCCAAUCAGUAAGAAAACUCUGAAUUAUCGUUAUGAUAUGGAUGAAUUGCAUAUAAUGUUACAGACUAUUGACUUCAGAGUAAAUAGUUUUGACAAAUGGAUGACACAAACAAAAAAUAUACUCCUUCCCACAGCACCUGAUAUUGGUAGACUACAAAAAUUGAAAGUUUUGAUAGAUGAAGCAGAUGAACUUAAGAUUCCUAAAUGUACUCUGUUAUCACAAUUAAAAGAAGAGUAUAUGAAAGCUACUGAAAAUGUAGAACCAAUUGUUAUAGAAUUAGAUGAUGAUUGAACAUGGUAGUUUAGCAAGAGUUAGUACAAAAUAAUGUCACAUAACAAUAGUAAAUAAGUAUCAGAAUUCAUUCCUUUUCAACUUCUGCAGGCAGCAUGGAAAAAAAUAUAUAGUAUUUUUUAAGUUGAUGAUAAGUAUUGAGUUUCUGUUGAACUGCGUUUAUUUAAAUAUUGUUUUUUUUUGUUCAUUUUAUUUUCGACCUGCUUCGUUAUGCCACUUGAGUUCUCUUGAGUUUAAAUAAUGUACGAAGACAGUGGUGGCGAUAACACGAGUUGGGAGGCACCCAAUCCUGAAUUUUAUGUCCGAUAUGAUAUGACCAAUAGGACAAAGGCUUCAGCCACUACGGCACUAUAUCUGAAGGCUCCUAAUUUAGAAUACUAUUGUAUGGAUGAGUUUUAAAUUAUUUGAUUUAAAUUUAUGAUUGUGUUACAAAUAAAAUGUAAAUAGUACUGAUAAUUAAGUAAAUUAUUGCGCAAUUUGAAGAUGGUUUCAGAUGACAGUGUGUGAGAUUUAUUUUAAUUACUUGUGUGAAUUCUUUGUAUCUUUCAUAAUAUUAAGAUAAAGUUAUAAUAACAUCCCACCGUACAAAAUGUAUAUUAAGGUUGGUUGUCAAUAAAAUAACAUUAAGUACUACUAUCAGGCAGACUAAGUAAUUCAUACUAAUAUUUUUUUAUAAAAUUUGAUACACAUGAGUAUUAUCUUCUAUGGUGAAACUUCCAGAAAUAUUCGAUGUAGAUUAAUAGUUUGCACAGUUAUUUAUGUUGCUCAAAAUCACUUAAUUAGCCACUGAGCUAGACUGGUGGUCAUGCGCAUCAAAUACUACCUGUUCAAAAGUAUAGAUUUAGACUUGAGUAUGUUGUGGGUAGGUAGAAUUCAAUGUUACCCACAAGUUUGUCAAAAUUCAUUUCACUAUCUACCUACAUAUUUUCAUUGACUGAAUUACUGAAAGAUAUGGGUUGAAUACCUUAGAGUUAAAGGAAGUGUUUCUGAAGCGCAAUAUUGAAAUUUAUAGAUUAUGGAAAUAUUCAAUAUCUAUCUAAAAUAAAUUUUAUUGAUCUCAUUUGCAUCAAACAUGAAGUACCUGCUGUCUCGGUUUUUUUUAUUGGUAGUCCGUUAAGAUAAUAAUUAUCUAAGAUUUUAAACAGCUUUCUUACAUCAUAAAUUGUGAGCGAUAUCAUUAUAUAUUACUUACUUGGUUGAUCGAAGUAACCAUCUAGUUGCGAGUAAAGUUUACUCGCGACUAGAUGGUUUGUUGGUGGUGGAUGGUUUGAUGGGUCGUCAAUUAAGUUUGCUCGUGUGCAUUUCAUUACAAAAUCUCGGUUUUACUUAGAGACCUACAAGUAGGGCAUCCAAUCCCGCAUGUUUAUUCAAUCUCGGUGGGUAUUUGCAGCAUUUAUAAUUUUCAAUCCGGAUCCGCGGGGGAUCCCGAUAUUUGCGAGACCCGCAUCUACAACUGUAGCACACUUAUCUGUGUGAAUCUACUUAUUUCGGUAUUUCGAGAUCCCGAUAUUGGAUACCAUGCCGACAAGCCUGGCUCGCGGAUAAAUAAAAACUUAAAGUUUGGUAGUAAAUUUAACAUAAAAAUAGUUAAUUUUUCGAAAUAAUUUACUUGCAAAGAGGUUUUGGCAAAGCUGUUUAGCAGGAUCAUCAUUAAUUUGUCGACAACGCGGUAUCGUUUCGCUUGUUUGAAUUUGAUUUAAUGUCACUAGAAUGUAAAUUUAGAUAUACAAAUUUUAAAUAAUGACAAAGAUAAAUUUAUUUUAUACUGGCUAUGAAUGUAAAUAAUACCUACUGUGUAAUAAUUUAGUAUUUCAAUAAUUUUUAAUGUAAGUAUACUUAGAUAAUCUUAGAACUCUCUUAGCGGUUAAGAUUUCCGUUACAGUUUCUUCCACAUUUGCAUUGAUUUUAUCGAAAGUUAUAGUAGGUAGGUAUUAAUUUACCUAUGCCAUUAUUUGACUGAUUGCUUAUUUGUAGUUUUACGAAGUAUUGAAGAAGCUUGUAUUAAUAUGUUUAGCGUGAGUCGCACUGUGAUUUAUAAUUAUUUUCUUCAAGGUAUUGUGAAAAAUAGAAAAAGGAAUAAAAUGAAUUACAUGUUAAUUAAUUAUUAAAUCGUAACAAUGUAUGCUUAUGCUGUUUUAUUGUAACUACCUUACAGAUUUUU